AUAUACUGUGGCUCCAACCACAUUUUGUUCAUGUUUGGCUUCAGUAAAUUAAGUUAGCCAGCAAGAUCUCAUGUGAUGAUGGUGGCUUUUUAAUUCUGUGCCAGCAGCUACUUUGGUCGUGGAAUUUGCACAGGUUUGGACAGUAAAUGCUCAGAGACAAGCUGUUGCUGAAACUUUGAAAUGGACAAACCACAGAAGGAUGACCCAUCUGGAAAGCCUGUCACAGCCUGCCUGUUGAGUGCAGCCUUCUUCGGCGCCCUGGGGUCAUCUUUUCUUUAUGGUUACAACCUAUCUGUGGUCAACGCUCCCGCUCUGUAUAUUAAGGCUUUCUACAAUAAGACCUGGAUUGAGAGAUAUGGGGAUCCUAUUGGAGCGGAGACAGCCACUCUCCUCUGGUCCAUCACGGUGUCCAUAUUUGCUAUUGGAGGCCUUCUUGGAGCGUUGUCCGUCUCUUUACUCAUCAAAGUGUUUGGGAGAAAGGGAACCUUGCUGCUGAACAACAGCUUUGCUCUAACAGCUGCUCUGCUGCUAACCUUGGGAGAAAAGGCAAAAUCUUUUGAGAUGCUCAUCAUUGGCCGGCUCAUAAUUGGGGUGGACUCUGGUAUAGCCCUCAGCGCCCUCCCCAUGUACCUGGGAGAAAUUUCCCCAAGGCAUAUUAGAGGCUUCAUUGGCCAGUUCAACUCCAUCCUGAUUUGCUUGGGUGUGUUCACAGGACAAGUACUGGGGCUGCCUGAGCUGCUGGGUCAGGAACCCAAGUGGAACUACUUGUUUUCCUUCCUGGCGUUGCCUGCAAUGCUGCAGCUGUGUGUUCUGCCCUUCCUCCCAGAGAGUCCUCGCUACCUGCUGAUGGAGAGGAGGGAUGAGGCUGGAGCAGAAAGAGCCUUCCAGAGGCUUUUGGGGAAAAAGGACGUAUCCCAGGAGCUGGAAGAGGUUUACACAGAAGCUCGAGCACAGGACAACUCAAGCACCAUCUCUGUGCUACAGCUGCUCAAAAGCCCCACUGUUCGCUGGCAGCUCAUCACCAUCAUCAUCACCAUGGCCUGCUAUCAGCUCUGUGGCCUCAAUGCUAUUUGGUACUACACUAAUGCGAUCCUUCGGGAAGCAGGCUUUGCUGAGCACACCCUCCCCUACAUCACAAUGAGCACAGGGUUUAUAGAGACUUUGGCUGCCAUUAUCUCGGGCUUGGUGAUAGAACGAAUCGGGAGGAAGCCCCUCCUCAUAUUUGGUUUCUCUGCCAUGGCCGUGUUUUUCAGCCUGCUCACAGUGUUCCUCAAUUUCCAGGACAGUGUGUCAUGGAUGCCCUAUCUCAGUUUCGUCUGUAUACUGGCUGUGAUUGCAUCCUUUUGCUCGGGGCCAGGUGGCAUCCCCUUUAUCCUGACCGGGGAACUGUUUGAACAGUCCUACCGCCCUGCUGCCUUCAUGAUCGCUGGCACCGUGAACUGGCUGUCCAACUUUGCCGUGGGUCUCCUCUUUCCAUUCAUUCAAGAGACACUGCAGUCCUUUGCCUUCCUGGUGUUUGCGGUGACCUGCAUCUUGGGAUCUAUCUACCUCCACGUUGUUCUCCCUGAAACCAAAAAUAAAACAUUUAUGGACAUCAGUCAGAGCUUUGCUAAGAUCAACAAAAUUCACCUCUCCCCCACCCGUGAAAUGCAGCUGGUUCUGUCCACUAAGUCUGACAUGAAUGGAAAAGUCCAAGCUGUUGCUAAGAUGGAGACUUCUUUCUAACUGAACGCUACACUACACUACACUAACUGUGGAGGAGUGGGGUCAAAUAUAAACUGAAAGUAUUAUUCACUGCGAUGAGUGAAAUAAAAAUCCAUGCAUUUCAGCAGUAUUAUUAUAUUUUGUUGUUUUGUAUGUCUGGAAUAUGCAUAUUACAGUACUACAGUUUAUAGCAAUUGUUUGUCUCAGUGUAACAAAUCAAAAUUUUAUGUUCUGCUUACCUAAUGUAGAACUGAAUGAAUCAAUGUACUCUACAUUUUAAAGCAAGUCAUAAAAUGUAGAAGCUGCAGAUAAUGAACUCAUUCACUUACAAAAAGGAUAAUAAUGUGGCUGGAUGGGCCAUGCAUAAAAUACUGAUGCAAAGCACAGUACCUAGAGAAAGUCAUAAAAUCCUGUCAAAAUCAUUACCCACUGUCACAUUUCACCCCGUAAAUUAAAGUACAUUAAAUCUAACUUUUCUUGCUGAAUUUACUGUUACGCUAUAACCCUAAACAUCAAAGUGAAAUUUAUCAUUUUAAUUAAUUGUUAAACUGUAAUUAGUGAAAUACCUGAUUUGAAUAAGUGAUCAGCCUCCUAGAGUAAUCAUUAGAAACGUGCCCAGAUACAACCAAUCACCUUCCUAAUCACUCCUCAGGCUAAUCAAUUGUUAGGAUUUUGAAUACUCUGGAAUAAAACCUGCUGUUCUUUGAGGAGUCCACUGCAAGUAUUGGCAACACAAAGACUUGGUUGGAAAGGGACUUUCAAAAGGGCUCUU